GUACUUCCUUCUCUGAGGCUUCCCCAAGUAUCUUUCAUAUCACCUCCUCCUGUGGAAAAUGCCCCAAGAGGUCUUUCCAGGGUCUUCUGCUCCCAGGAGGCUUUGUUCCAGUUGCUUCCAGAUUCUACUCUCCUCAGGCAUCAGGGCUCCAGGUGAUCUUACUGCCCCUCAUUUAGUCUUUGCCUGCCUGCUGGCAUGAAUGUUGAAAGCCUCUCUGGGAACUCUUGGCCCCUCCUACUGCUCCCCCCCCCACCUUGAAAUGCACCCUACCGGGUAGGCUGUGAACAACAAUUUGUUUAGUGCCUGGGGCUCUGACAGUAGCUUAAUCUGAACAGGGCCUCCACUGGAGCGGAUUCAUUUAUUUCACUAAGGGAAAUGUCAGCUGGAAAUUAGAAAAUAGGCAUGUAGUGGCGGGCAGGCGGGUGAACUCAGGAGUGACAUAUGUUCCAAUGUGGGGUGUUCCCUUGGCAGUGAAAACUAGUCGGCGAGCAGGAAGUGGUCCAGAAGUGGGGGAUGAAAGACAAGGAGGAACAAGGGAAGGGAGACACCAGAGGAUCCUUUAUGCUCAGUCAUAUGACAUUGGGUCAAGGGCUCCUCCAUCCAUUGAAGGUGCAUCUCUGUGUGUCGGGAGCUGAUGAGAUCUUGACUUUAACUCAGGAUUUUCUCUCUUACCCUGUUAACACUGUAGCCUCUGGCUCCUCUGAGAGCCAGUCUCAGUGGCAGUCAUAAAAAUGACAUCACUUUAUUUUCCAUCAGCAAUUUUUAGUGUACAGAACACUUUCCUGUCCACUGUCUAUGUUUUAACUAUUCUGACUCUGGCAAAUAAACUAUUUCAAAAGCUAGCAAGAAUAAAAGUUGGAGAGAUUAUUUUCUCCAGUCACUUGGGAAGCAAAUAUCGGGGCAGAAUCAGAACUAAAAUCUUUUAACUCCUUGUCAGGCCUAUUUCCCUGUUGCCCCAACACUGGCCACAACUUCUGGGCAAGAAAGACCUGGAUACUCCAUGACUCAUCCAUCACCCAUGGCUCUGAACCUCAAAGGCCCUUUAUUCUAGCAUAGCUCAGAGAAGGGUAAAUUCAGUGGCAGAAGGGGUAAAUUGCCAGACUCUUGGGAGAAGUGUAAGAGCCACUGGCCACAGGCAAGGAAGAGAUAAGUUUGGCCUGAUCCUUAUGAUUCUUCAGGUCCUGUUCUUUUAUGAUAACCUUAUCCCUAUUAAGGAAUGAGCUUUGAAAGAGUGAUGGCUAGGCCUAUGGAAGGGCAACCAGGAAUGCAUAAGUAUUUCUAGGGAACCCACAUUAGGAGAUAAACAUUGAGAGCCAGGACCACCUACAGGAAGCCUCAGUCACAUGGUCUAGAGUCCUGUGCCCUGCAAAGCUUCACCAGACACUUGGACACAUAGACCCCAAAUCCACCUGGACCUCAAGAACUUUCCAUAGUCCAGCUUGGGGGCUUGGAGGAAUCAGACUUUAGGGUGAGGAGUAUGAAGUGCCAGGCAGCUGGACUCAAAACUAGCCCAAGGUUUGCAUUAAACUGUUUUGACACUGGCUCCUCCAAUUACCAGCUCUGAUACUUCAGCAAGCCGUUUAGUCUAUGACCUUCAUCUAAUGGACUGCAAGAAACUUUAGUUUCUGACUUCUGUUUAUGAAGUCAAGUAUACUUCUUUACCCGGGGGAAGAAAGUACCCAGAUGAAGUGGACAUGUAGUCAUGAAAGGACCCUGGGGAGGCAGUCAUCCCAGGCCUUUUGAGGUUGAUGGUGACCCUUGAAAGCUGCCCCUUUCCUUGCUUCGGGCACAGGACAGGCAGGAAGCAGUGAAGGACACCCUAUGCCUCACUGGUUGCAACCUGGUUUCCAGCUGAGCCAGGCUCAUUACCACUCCUAAGGUUUCAGAGUUUGUUAACAUCAUUAAGCCUCCAUCCUGGGCAGUGAGCAGCAGGUGUAAUCAUUACCGAUGUCUCCAAGAGAUGAAUUUGGCUAACUGGGCUCAGUACAGAAUCCUGGCCCCAAGCAGGAUUAGCGUAUGCAGUAAUGAUUCACCAUAUGCUUGUGUCUGCCAUCUAUCAUUCCACAAUUAGGUCAAUAUCAGUUUAAAAGUUCUGAUUAGUCCUAAAAUCAACACCCCACAUGUCUGUGGAGGGCAAGACGAUUCAGCCAUAGGACAUUUUCUGGGCAGUGGAAUGCAUGUCCAGACUUAACUCAGCAUCUCCUGAGACAAGGGUUUGAUUUCAACUGAUUUCCCUCUUGUCUACUUUAUCUGUGAACUCAAACACAACUAGAUGGGUGCUGAACCUCUGUGCUUCCCCCCAAGAAGUGAGCCACCACUUAUGCAGGUCUGUCAGAGAUAGUGUGGUGUAAGGGUAAUGAGAAAACUGUGCUGGUGCCAGGAGCCUGGGGGCAAGCUAUAGUUCAACUACUGAUGAACUGAAUAGCACUGGGCAAGUCACUUUGCUUCUUGAUUCUCGAACGGCCCAUCUGUAAGUUAGGAACAGCUGAUGUGUACAAUCACCUAAGUGGUCUUCAGGAAGCUAGAACAAUAUGACCCAUAGAGUCUGCAACACACACACACACACACACACACACACACACACACACACUCACUCACUCACUCACUCACCAAUUGGAAAUCUUAUUGGUGGUACUAAUGUGACUCUAGAACCCCUCUGUUAAUUGAGAGUUAAAUCUUCAUAUGGAAACUGGACAGUUUGUUUGGCUCAACUCAUUUUAUAAGGGGCAAAUUUCACUAUCUCUAGUCAUUGCCUCCUAGUAAUACAUAGGGAGUCUCAAAGAUACCAGGAACACAGAGGACAUGGAAAUUGGGAAGCCUCUAAGAAAUUAAACCAGAAAAUACAAAUGAGACUUAGGGGAGGAAACGAAAUAUACCCUUAUGCCGGUGGUGGUCCACAGCCAAGAGGAGACAUCAAGUGACUAAGGAAAUGAGUGGGGUUGUCCCCUAUAUUUAUCAAAAUCUGUCACUAGCGUAAUGCCUGUGCUGUCCCUCACUUAAAGCAUCCAGAGAUUUUUAUUAAAUCCAGCAUCUGAUGCAAGUGCAAUAACACAUGCCUACAGAUCCACCUAUUCAGGAGGCUGAAGCAGGAACACUGCUUAAACCCAGAGACUGGAGGCCAGCUUAGAAAAUGUGGUGAGGCUUUGUCCAAAAUACAUACACACAUACAUACAUACAUACAUACAUACAUACAUACAUACACACACACAUAUAUAUACACAAUAUAUAUGUGCGUGUAUACAUACAUAUAUACACAUACACACAAUACAUAUAUGUACACAUACAUAUAGACACACAUACAUGUAUGCAUAUUAUACACACAUACAUACACACAAUACAUACAUAUACCCACACAUAUAGAUACACACAAUACAUACAUAUACAUACACAUACAUAUAUACAUAUGUACGUUCUUUCACAAGAUAAGGGUUGAGUGUCCACAAAAUGGAGUGAUUAAAGACACAAAGUUGAAACCAAAGCUCACCUAUCUUUCAAUCAGGGCUCCUUCACUUGCUGGAAUGUAACCCUAAAUAAGUCAUGUAGCAUCCCUGAAUCUUGAUUGUAUUUAAGUCAGAAAUAAUAAGACCCUUCCUGGAGCAGAGGAUUAAUGUGAUAUUGGGUCCCAUCUUGUGGGCCACCUCUGCCAUCACCAGCUAUAGCUCUUGUUAUUAAGUUACAGGUUCUGCUAUGGCACAAUCUUUAUUUUUCUACAUAGCCCUUUCCACUUCUGUAGCAUGUUUCUUCUGUAAUUCAUCUCCCUCAGCUAGGACAGGUGUUCUAUGAAAAUUCAAGUCCUCUCCAAACUGCCUUGCAGGAAUCAUGAGCAAAAGGGGAAAAGAGGGAAACAGUUGCACUUCACCCACAAUGCUGCUUGGUUUUCUGAAAACUCCAGUAUAACUUCUUAGAUGUGCUCAUGCAAACCCUUUGUUCAUAGCCUAUUCCUGACCCCAGCCCUCUCCCUACUUACAGCCAGGUGAGACAGAGCUCAGCUGCUAAAAGAGGAUGUUAUGCCUCAGGCCCAUUCAAGCAUGGAUUUCAUUCAGAGCCAGCUACAGGAUCGUCUGUGAGAUGGGCCAUGCCCUUAUGGGUACCACAUCUGGGCCUGUGCGCCUGUGCAUUGGGGAAUGCAAGCCAGAGUUCAUGACCAAGUCCCACCAGCAGUAUACAUUUGUGAAUCCUUCUGUGCUGUCACUCAGCCCAAUCCGGGGACCAGAGUCAGGAGGUACCAUGGUGACCAUCACAGGCCAUUACCUUGGUGCUGGGAGCAGCGUGGCAGUGUACCUGGGCAAUCAGACCUGCGAAUUCUAUGGGAGGUCAAUGAAUGAGAUUGUCUGUGUUUCACCCCCAUCAUCCAAUGGACUAGGACCAGUCCCUGUCUCCGUGAGUGUCGACAGAGCCCGGGUAGACAGCAGUCUACAGUUCGAGUACAUAGAUGACCCACGGGUCCAACGUAUUGAGCCAGAGUGGAGCAUCACUAGUGGACACACACCCCUAACCAUCACAGGCUUCAACUUGGAUGUAAUUCAGGAGCCAAGGAUCCGAGUCAAGUUCAAUGGGAAAGAAUCAGUCAAUGUAUGCACAGUGGUAAACACAACCACCCUCACCUGUCUGGCACCCUCUCUGACCAGUGAUUACCGUCCAGGUCUGGACACUGUGGAGCGGCCAGAUGAGUUUGGAUUUCUCUUUAACAAUGUCCAAUCCUUACUUAUCUAUAAUGACACCAAGUUCAUCUACUACCCCAACCCAACUUUUGAACUGCUCAGCCCCACUGGAAUCUUGGAUCAGAAGCCAGGUUCACCCAUCAUCCUGAAGGGCAAAAAUCUCUGUCCUCCUGCCUCCGGAGGGGCCAAACUCAACUACACAGUAAUGAUUGGAGAGACACCUUGUACAGUCACUGUGUCUGAGACACAACUGCUCUGUGAACCUCCCAACCUCACAGGACAGCACAAGGUCAUGGUUCACGUGGGCGGGAUGGUGUUCUCCCCUGGCUCUGUGAGUGUCAUCUCCGACAGCUUGUUGACCCUGCCAGCCAUCAUCAGCAUUGCAGCUGGUGGAAGCCUCCUUCUUAUCAUCGUCAUCAUUGUCCUCAUCGCUUACAAGCGCAAGUCUAGGGAAAAUGACCUCACACUCAAACGGCUCCAAAUGCAGAUGGACAACCUGGAGUCCAGGGUGGCGCUGGAAUGCAAGGAAGCUUUUGCGGAGCUUCAGACAGACAUCAAUGAGCUAACCAGUGACUUGGACCGAUCAGGAAUCCCUUACCUGGACUACCGUACCUAUGCCAUGAGAGUACUGUUCCCAGGCAUCGAGGACCACCCUGUUCUUCGGGAGCUGGAGGUACAAGGAAAUGGACAGCAGCACGUGGAGAAAGCCCUGAAACUCUUCGCCCAGCUUAUCAACAACAAGGUGUUCUUGCUGACCUUCAUCCGCACACUGGAACUACAGCGCAGCUUCUCCAUGCGAGACCGUGGGAAUGUGGCCUCUCUCAUCAUGACAGGUCUUCAGGGUCGCCUGGAAUAUGCCACCGAUGUUCUCAAGCAGCUGCUCUCUGACCUCAUUGACAAGAACCUGGAGAACAAGAACCACCCCAAGCUGCUUCUCCGCAGGACUGAGUCUGUGGCGGAGAAGAUGCUGACCAACUGGUUUGCUUUCCUUUUACACAAGUUCCUAAAGGAGUGUGCUGGGGAACCACUCUUCAUGCUAUACUGUGCAAUCAAGCAGCAGAUGGAGAAAGGCCCCAUUGAUGCUAUCACUGGUGAGGCCCGGUACUCCCUGAGUGAAGACAAGCUCAUCCGGCAGCAGAUCGAGUACAAGACUCUGAUCCUGAACUGUGUCAACCCUGACAAUGAGAAUAGCCCAGAGAUCCCCGUGAAGGUACUAAACUGUGACACCAUCACUCAAGUCAAGGAGAAGAUCCUCGAUGCUGUAUAUAAGAAUGUUCCCUACUCCCAGCGGCCAAGGGCUGUGGACAUGGACCUGGAGUGGCGCCAAGGCCGGAUUGCCAGAGUGGUAUUACAGGAUGAGGACAUUACCACCAAGAUAGAGGGUGACUGGAAGCGGCUUAACACACUGAUGCAUUACCAGGUGUCAGACAGAUCAGUGGUGGCUCUGGUCCCUAAGCAGACCUCCUCCUACAACAUCCCUGCCUCUGCCAGCAUCUCUCGGACAUCCAUCAGCAGAUACGACUCUUCCUUCAGGUACACAGGCAGCCCAGACAGCCUCCGGUCCCGGGUUCCCAUGAUCACCCCAGACCUGGAGAGUGGUGUCAAGGUUUGGCAUCUGGUAAAGAACCAUGACCAUGGUGACCAGAAGGAGGGCGACCGGGGCAGCAAAAUGGUGUCUGAGAUCUACUUGACCCGGCUUCUAGCCACCAAGGGCACCCUGCAGAAAUUUGUGGACGACUUGUUUGAGACCUUGUUCAGCACUGUGCACAGGGGUAGUGCUCUCCCCCUAGCCAUCAAGUACAUGUUUGAUUUCCUGGAUGAGCAGGCAGACAGACACAGUAUCCACGACACAGAUGUGCGGCACACCUGGAAAAGCAACUGCCUUCCACUUCGUUUCUGGGUGAAUGUCAUCAAGAACCCUCAAUUUGUAUUUGACAUCCACAAGGGCAGCAUCACAGAUGCUUGCCUCUCUGUGGUAGCCCAGACCUUCAUGGACUCCUGCUCCACAUCAGAGCACCGACUGGGCAAGGACUCACCUUCCAAUAAGUUGCUCUAUGCCAAGGAUAUCCCCAGUUACAAGAACUGGGUAGAAAGAUACUAUGCAGAUAUUGCCAAGCUCCCAGCCAUUAGUGACCAAGAUAUGAACGCCUACCUCGCGGAGCAGUCUCGCCUGCAUGCCACGGAGUUCAAUAUGCUGAGCGCCCUCAACGAGAUCUACUCCUAUGUCAGCAAGUACAGUGAGGAGCUCAUCGGGGCACUAGAGCAGGAUGAGCAGGCCAGACGGCAACGACUGGCCUACAAGGUGGAACAUCUCAUCAAUGCCAUGUCCAUAGAGAGCUGAAAGGAAGACAUUCUGUUCCUGGAAGAAAGACUCAUACAAGCUAUCACACUGGUGUCUCAAAAGGAAGAUGGGAUGAGUGAAGGGUAUCAGGCCCCAGAGCUGGCUGUCCUCUAAAAAUCUCACCGAGGAAAGAAGGAAAGGCUCCUCUGUCAAUGGCAGCCAUGUUUCUUCAUAGCCGGUUCCUUCCAGAAGGACAGUGAACACCACCCAUCACAGUGUGAGCUCAGUACACUACGGGCAAGGAGAAGGUGGCCCUUUAAGCUGAGAGGCUUGAGCCAAAUGGUUCUGCCUCUGUGACUGCUGCUUUGCAUGAAAACUCAUUUGAUGUAUAUUGGGAAAUAAUGAGAACUUUAUUUAAUUUUUUAAGAAAAAGGGAAAAAACAGAAAUAAAACAAAACAUAAAUCCCCCCUGUCCAUCCCGUCCAACUUUUGUUUAAUUUGAUUUCUGUUCCCUUCUCAGUAAUAUUUCUUCUUCUGUAACACCUCUUUCUCAAUGUCAGAAAAAUGCCUGAGAGAUGCCGAGUAGAACCAGUUUGGAAAUGCUCUCCUCUCCUUUGAACUGAGAGGAAGAAGGAGAGGCAGGAAGGAGUAGAAGUUCUUACUAAACAUUUGGCAAAUUAGCCAGGAAGACCUGGAUCCCACCACAGCCAGAUGCACCUGAGAACUGCAGGCUUUUGUGGGACUUUUGGAAGCUGAUCGGAUCCACCUGCUAAUAGGAAACUGCCUUCCAUGCUGUGCCCUUGUGUAUCCUCAUCUCCUAAGAGGAGGAAGUACCCAACAAGGACCUGUGGGAACACCUUUUCUUUGUUUUACUUAAUCCCGAGCCUCAGCAAGUGAGGAGUUGGGCUUUGGUACUUUUCCUUUUGGUUUCCUUAGAAUUGAUAACAGAAAAGGAAGAGGUGAGACUCACAGAACAGCCACCUCCUCCCCAAGGACUCUGAACAGAGCCCUACAAGCCAGGCACCUUGGGACUGUGCAGACCAGGUCUCCUAGACCUGAGCUGAAUGGGGAGCAUGGGUGUUUGACUUUGGAUUCUACUCAACCAUCCACUAGUUUACGGCAAUUAAAAAGAAAACAAACUCAAACACUGUUUACAGUAAGCAAUACUUGAAGAGUGUAGGUUUAAAAAGCAGCAGUAUUUAUUAUUAUAUUUUCUUUUCUCUUGUGCCUGGAGAGGGGAGGCCAACCUUCGCUCAUACCCAGAAGCCCCUGACCAUCUGGGCAUACUGCAUUUGCCUCAGUAGAAAUGACCGUGGUAGCCCAUCAUCUCUAUCUGUCAUGGAAUCAUGGAUGUGAAAGUCUAUUACUUCUGAGAAGGCACUUGUCCUUCCCUGUGUCUCCUGAUACCUGAUGCCAUAGAUAGCCAGCCUUCCUGAGUAUAGCUUCCAAGCAAAGAUCAAGGCUCCAUCCUUGGGCCCAGAGGCAAGCUCUGUGGUAGCAGGACAAGAAAUUCAACUGGUAAGCCCUCAGGGAAUUUAGUUCUCCUGCCUUGGCAUGGCCCCUAGCAGCCAAUUCUCAACAGCUUUGCAAUUAGCAUCCGUCUCAAGGUAGGGUAGCAAGAGGAAGACAAAAGGUGGGCAUAAGGGAACAGUGAACGUAUGUCCCCUAAGAAGGCAUGAGCCUUCUGCUUUUUAAGGGGUCAGGAAUGCCAGGCUGUAGGGCUGGGAAAUGGGGCUUACUAUCCCAACAGAGUUGGCCCUGGGUUAUUUCCUUCACAAUUAACUCAGGCCUCAGCUUAUUUCUCCAGUUGAUUCCAGUUUCUGAGACUCUGCUGACCAGAUGUGACUGCCUGCACAGGGCAAAGAAGAAAGUCAAGAAGGUGGCUUCCAUGCAAUGUAUGUGUCCUUGGAUGGCUGUCUCACACACAGCUGAUGCUGUCUGGGCUGUUCAGCUUGUUUCUUGCCUGAAUGCAACUGACAAGUGGAGAGAGAAAAGCAUUCAGCAAAAUACUCAGGAAACUUGCUGAUUUUAUGAUGAUUCACAACCAGCCAUGCCAAGGCCACUUUUCUUCUGAUAAUUUACUCAUGUUAAAGUUUUUCUGGGCCAUACCAAUAGCCUGGAAAGAAACUAAUGACUGGCCUUCCACACCAAGCCAAAGUGUUUGCUCCUCAUAGCACCCAAAGCUUAUCAUCUUAGAGCCUGUAAUUUAUGAAAAUGAAAGAAGUGAUGUAGUCAAAACAAGAAUAGGAACAGAAGACAGGAUAAACUCUGGCCUGCCUAUUUCUCCAUCCCAGCACUGUUGAAGACUUUCUGAGCAGCUGCUACUGCUUGAGCUGAUGUCCAGAGUGCCGUUUCAUCAAGAAGUAAAAAAGAAAAUGUUUUACAUCUCUUUCAAUAGCAUCUUACCCACACCCUUCUCAGUGUGCCUACCUGGUAUAUCCCAGCAGCCACUUAUGGUACCUGCUCACUGCCUCUGGCUUGCUUCACUAAAGAUGUUUGGAGAGUAUGGAGAGAAUGAUGGGGCGAGAGCAAAUCUAAGAAUGUAGAUGAAGGGAGCAGGGCCAACCAUGGAAGGUGGUCUAGUCACUUUGCCAAGGAUUCCAUGAGUUGGACAACUUGGACUGAAAAAGAAGAGUGGCCAAGGGACACAAUUAAAGAAGAAGUGAGGAAAUUUCAGCUAGAGACAGGCCAUGCCAUGCCAGGAGGGUGAGUUAUUGUAGAGUCUUGCUCUCAUUUUAGCUUUCUACCUAUCAUUCCACCAGCUCUUUGCUUUCGUUUACUAGUCACUGAUAGUCUACUCCCUAGGAGAUGGAGAGGAGAGGAAGUUGAUUGGUCACUCUUCUUGCCGUUAUCCAAUUUAAGGAUAGUUUGGCCUUUUGUUUAAAAAGAAAAAAUAAAUUGUUAAAGCUACCACCCUUCCCCACAAAAAGCCAUCUAUCUUUGGGGAGGCAUGAAGUCUCUCUUAAACUUACCUAGCUUUACUUUAUUUCAUUGAUCUACACAAAAGCCAAUUCUCUAGGAAAAGAAUAGGACUGCAGAGGGUUUGGCAAAACAGAGUUCUAGAGGACUGUAUUAAGACUUAUCCCUCAACUGGAUUUGACAACACCUCCUGCCUUCUGUGUGUCAGGCACUUCUGUGUCUGAUGUUCUACCUCUUUCUGUGGUUUGAAUCUCAAAACCACUUCUGAUCCCUCUUUCUUUAUAGAGUGCAGUCAUUCAACUCAUGGGCACACUGUGAUCUUACAGAAGGAGGGAACUGCGUCCUUCAUUCAUUCACUUGGAGAGCAUUCCUAAGUAGUAAUCAUCUGCCAAGUUCUUAGAGGUUCUGCAGAGCAGGGUGAAUAAGACCAUGAAGGUCCUUCUUUCAGCAACUGCAGAUUCUCCAAGCUGCUAGGCCUGCCAGCAAUACAGCAAGAUGGCUCCUCCCACCCUCCCCAGCAGAAAGCACUAGGUGCAUAGAAAAUGGGGUGUCAUUAAGGAAGAGGGCUGACCCCCCCACACACACACACACGCUCUGCUACCAUGUGCUGCUCUUUAGUCAGCACAACCUUGCUGAUUAUGCUCCUGACCUUCCUUCAGUUCCACCAGGAUGAAAAUAGAAAUUAGUUGUUAAGGCCCCUGGGCCUGCUGCACGUGAGGUAAAAGCAGUGGUGGCUGCUAGCAGUCGUCUGAUACAACAAGCAGAGACUGCUGGAAGCCUUCUCAGAUACUACACAACUGCCAAAUCUGUAAUCUCACCUACUGCCUGGCAAUACUAAGCUGGCAGUUACUCUAAAAGGGCCCUUUCCAACCACAUUGUGUCACAGCUAAGAGCCCUGCAUCCUUCACACAGACAGUUAAGAAUUGAGACACAGAGGGCCAGGAGGGUGAGGAAAUGCAAAGUGGCCACUUAGCACAUGGUGCAGAUCUUAUGGUGGGAGGGAGGCCAGAAGAAGGUAGUCAGGUUCUCCUGAUGCCUUGUCUUAGGAAUGUGCUUGGAGAACAGUGGCAUCAUUUUCAUACUCCACGUCUCUUUUCCUUCUCUCUCUCUCUCUCUCUCUCUCUCUCUCUCUCUCUCUCUCUCUCUCUCUCUGCUACUCAUUCCCUAGAGUGAAGAUUUAAUACGUAAGGCCCAGUGACACUUAAAAUGAAGAGUAAAGUUUCUCUUGGUACUUUCUAGCUAGUCUAGGGGAUGUUCCAAGAGACAAUCCAGGCCAGUGCUUGUCAGACAUGCCUCAAUACAAUAAACAAACUAGAGAGUCUCCUGCCUUGCCCAGAAUCACAGCUCACUCUCCUCUCCCAAACCAUCUCCCCAGACUGAGCUGCCUCCUCCCUGCUAUGUGCUGCCUGUACCCUAGUAACCCAAUGAAGGGAGUAAGAAGCUUCUUUGAGCCUCAGUCAAGGUCAUCAUUUUGACAUGCUUGAUCUCCAGUUUGACAUCCAAGCAUAAGGAAGUGUGGUCCCCAUCAAACAGGACCAAAGCUCCUGAAUGUAUGGGAGAGAAAAGGACAAGCUCUGUAUACAGGCACAUGAAGGCCUUGAGCCAAACUGCCUCUCCUCAUCCUCUCCUACUCAGACUUUUCCCCAUGACACACUGGAAUCUGUAUUAUAUCUAUUUUUAAGAAAGUACAAUGCUGGUUGUCUGGUUUUGUUGUUUUUACAGGUGUUAUGAAAUAAUAAGAAAAUGAAGUAUUUAAAAUGUUCCAAUAAAGCGGGAUUUUGUUAUCUAAUAUAUUAUCAUGUACCUAUUGUAAAUAUGAAACUCCUAUUUUGCAAGCCAAGGACACAAUUUGUACUGUUGUUAUAUAUAAAUAAAGAUUACUGGAUAAAAAAAAA